AUUAUCGUUGCCUCGCUCGAAGAACCCUAACUCGCUACUCACUAGUGGAACUAGCGCCGCCGCCUCCUCGAGCUCGCCGCGUAGCCGCCUACCGGUAUAGCCACGCCCACGCUUGUUGGAGCUUGCUCCGCCGCCGCCCGCAAGCUAGCUGUCUCGGUACCUCGUAGAACUCGUUGGGCGGCUGUGCCGCUUCUUGCUGGCCAAUCUCCCCCCGCCUCACUGCCGCGAUUCAUCACACAUCGGCCAUCGACGCUUCGUCCUAGCAGGUCGCUCCGCCGCUGCAUCGCCUGCCCCUCACUGGCUCUCCGCGCGGUUCCAUCCUUCAGGGAUCCUAAUCUUGGCCUGGGGCUUUGUCGAUUCUUAGCUCUGGCACUGGUAGCUACGUCAGCCUGACCGCUAUCAUCCAACGCUAGCAGGGUAUGCAUGUUCUUAUGUUGAAUCUGCACACAUCCGGUAAAUUUAGCACUGAAUUUAUUCGUGCGUUCUGCUGAUUGCUAGCUGGGAGUUCCUCUUGCUGCUGACCCGUGACAUAAGAAUGUAACCUUUGCAGUCUUCAACGCUACAGGAGACAAUUUAUAGAUAUUACUGUUGGUUGAUUGCUGUUUGCACGUCAGGACAACUCUGAUAAGAUUACUACUUGUUACUGAAUCGUCAAAAAGAUUUGUUAUUGGAAAUACUUGCUGUUGAAGAUCACAAGCUGCAGUUUGAAUUAAUUGGUUGAAGAAGUUGUAUCUCUCAGUAAUGGUACCAUGAAAGAUUGGACGGCCACCCUAGCUAAUUAAUCUUCUACACUCGGCAAUCCGGCACAUAGUCUGAUCCUGUUGGAUUCAGUUAAAAACAUUGCCCAUCUACCAUGUCAUUUGCCGGUGUGUCUCUCGUCGGCGACGACAGGGCCAUUGGCCACUCCAUCGACGUUGCCACACCCAGCGGGUACCACCUUCUUGUGGUCAACGGCUACUCGCGGACCAAAGAAGCUGCACCCAAUGGCAUGAUGAUUAGCUCUCUACCUUUCAUGAUAGGAGGCCAUUGUUGGUGUAUUCGCUACUAUCCUAAUGGUUACAGCUCCAGGUGUGCUGACUAUGUAUCUCUCUUUCUUGUCCUUGUUGAUAAAAACAUCUCGACAGCUCUGAAGGUGCAUAAAAGAUUUAGCUUCGUCGAUGAGCUUGAGAAGCAAGAUUUAGUACAUAUUCGUGCAAAAAAGCCAAGAAACUACUCCAGCACUGAUUCAUCUUGGGGUCACAAGAAGUUCAUGAAAAGAGACGAGCUUGAGAAAUCAAAGCAUCUAAAGAACGACUGUUUCACCAUUCGAUGUGACCUCACAGUUGCCACCAUUGUUGAUAUGUUCAUCAAGGUACCGCCCUCUAGCAUACAGCAACAUAUGAGUAACCUCCUCCUAUCCAAGGAGGGCACUGACGUGACAUUCAAGGUUGGUGGUGAGACGUUUGUCGCCCACCGGUGCAUGCUUGCGGCUCGGUCUAUGGUCUUCAAGGCAGAGCUCUUUGGCCCCAUGAAGGAGGGAAAAAUAGCAAGUGUCAUACAUAUAGAAGACAUGGAAGCAAAAGUGUUCAGCGCCUUGCUUAGCUUCAUUUACACUGACUCAAUGCCUAUGAUGGAGGUAGGUGUGGUGGAGAAGGAAGAAGAAGCCCAUGAGGCAUUGUGGCUGCAACACUUGCUUGCAGCAGCAGAUAGAUACGAUCUUCAAAGGCUGAAAGUGCUAUGUGAACAAAAGUUGUGUGAACAUAUCAACAUGAGCUCGGUGACUACUAUUCUUACUCUAGCUGAGCAGCACAACUGUCGUGGAUUGAAGGACGUAUGCUUUGAUUUCCUCAAGACUCCUGCUAAUUUGAAAGCGAUAACAGCAGCUGACGGCUUGGAGGACAUAACUAGAACUUGUCCCUCUCUUCUAAAGGAGCUAAUUGCCAAGCUUGCUUUUAUAUUCUGCCCGCCAUCUACCAUGACACUGACCGGCGUAUCUAUCGUCCGCUAUGGCAAGGCCGCCGGCCACGCCACCAACGCCUCCGCGACCAGCGGGUACCACCUGCUCGUGGUUAGCGGCUACCGGCUUUCUAAAGCAACUACACCUAAUGGUACCAAGAUGACCUCUCCCCCUUUCAUGGUAGGAGGUCAUCGUUGGUGCGUAUGCUACUAUCCUAACGGCAGUGGCGUGGAGUCUGCCGGCCAUAUAUCCCUCUUUCUUCACCUUGCCGAUGAAGAUGUUAAAAAGGAUUUGAAGGUGCGGUUUAAAUUUAGCUUCGUCGGCAUGCUCGAGAGGCAAAAGUCGACAUAUACUCGUGCCACCAAGCCACAAAGCUUCAAUUGUCUUACGCCUUGUUGCGGUUACGCGAAAUUCGUCAGCACAGACUCCCUAGAGAAAUCGGACCAUCUAAAGGAUGACUCUUUCGUUAUCAGAUGUGACAUCGCCAUUGUCACCACGAGCGAUCUAUUCAUUGAGGUGCCACCUUCUAGCAUACAACAACAUAUGGCCGAGCUAUUGCAGUCCAAGGAGGGUGCUGACGUGACAUUCAAGGUUGGAAGCCAGACGUUUGUAGCCCACCGGUGCGUGCUCGCAGCCCGCUCCGUGGUCUUCAAGGCAGAACUCUUUGGCCCAAUGAAGGAGGGCACAACAACAUCAGUCAUCCAUAUUGAACAAAUGGAAGCAAAUGUGUUUAGCGCUUUGCUUAGCUUUAUUUACACCGACUCGCUGCCCAAGAUGGAGAUAGACAUGGUGGAGGAGGAAGGAGAAACCAAAGAAUCACUUUGGCUGCAAGAAUUGCUUGCCGCGGCAGAUAGAUACGAUCUCCAAAGGCUCAAAGUACUAUGCGAAGAGAAGCUGUGCGAUCACAUAGAUGUGCACUCAGUCAUGACUAUUCUUGCUCUAGCUGACCGGCACAAAUGUCACGGACUGAUAGAGGUAUGCCUCGAGUUCCUCAAGACUCAUGGUAAUUUGGGAGAGAUAACGGCGACUGACACCUUGGACUACAUAUCUAUAACUCGCCCCUCUCUUAUGAAGGAGCUCAUUCCUAGCUGUGCUUCCUAA